AUGGCCGAUAGGUCUUGGUCCAGAGACGACAAAGCCGCCACCAAGUCCCCGCUCAGCACUAAGACGAUGCGGUCUCAGAGGAUAGCUCAGCCGACCUCGCCCGUCGACGAGAGAGACGACGAAGACGACGAAGCCCUCGACCGAUCGCCUCCUCCGCUGGUCCGUAGCCACACGCCCGGCCACCUCGCCUCCAGAAGCACAGAUCGCCGCCGGAAACCCUCCGAGCUCUCCAUCCGCCAGCGCUCCCAGUCCGCCGCCGGCCUCUCCUCCUCCCAGACCCUGUCCUCCGUUGCCCCUCUCUCGAGCAAGUCCCACCACGCACCGCAUUCAGCCUCUUCCACCGCCACCACGCCAAACAGACAUACCAAUGGAGAGGGCACUACUAGUAAUGACGUACACCGGCACGACUCCUCCGCCGGAGAGGGAAGAGACGGCAGCGGCAGCGGCUCUCGCAAUGGGCGCCGUCCCCCGGCUCUUCGUUCGACCUCUGCCAUAGCCAGCAAGUCUGGCACCGGCGGCAUCGAGCGCUCUGUCUCGUCGGCUGUUCUGCGGAACCUCAGCAUUUCGCAGGCUGCCGGACGGAACGCAUAUACAGCCUUCCCACCGCUCGUGGACCCCAAGACCGCGCCGGACGUCCCGGCCGCGCCGUCCUCGGGCAUGUACUGGUCGCGGGCACCGGUCUCGGGCCACCCGCACACGGCGCUGCGCGCGCACACGACGACGCUGGUGGGCUCGAGCGUGUACGUGUUCGGGGGGUGCGACAGCCGGGCGUGCUUCAACGAGCUGUACGUGCUGGACGCGGAUGCCUUCUACUGGACGGCGCCGCACGUGGUGGGCGACGUGCCGGUGCCGCUGCGCGCCAUGACCUGCACGGCCGUCGGCAAGAAGCUCGUCAUCUUCGGCGGCGGCGACGGCCCGGCCUACUACAACGACGUCUACGUGCUGGACACGGUCAACUUCCGCUGGAGCCGCCCGCGCAUCGUCGGCGACCGCGUCCCCAGCAAGCGCCGCGCCCACACGGCCUGCCUGUACAAGAACGGCAUCUACGUCUUUGGCGGCGGCGACGGCGUCCGCGCGCUCAACGACAUCUGGCGGCUCGACGUGAGCGACACCAACAAGAUGAGCUGGAAGAUGGUCAGCGGGCCGAGCUCGGAGGGGGCGGGCGGCAAGGACCUGCAGCGCCCCAAGGCGCGCGGCUACCACACGGCCAACAUGGUGGGCAGCAAGCUGAUCAUCUUCGGCGGCUCGGACGGCGGCGAGUGCUUCAACGACGUGUGGGUCUACGACGUGGACGCGCACGCCUGGAAGGCGGUCAGCAUCCCCAUGACGUUCCGGCGGCUGUCGCACACGGCGACCAUCGUGGGCUCGUACCUGUUCGUGAUCGGCGGCCACGACGGCAACGAGUACUCGAACGACGUGCUGCUGCUCAACCUCGUCACGAUGACCUGGGACCGGCGCAAGGUGUACGGCCUGCCGCCGAGCGGGCGCGGCUACCACGGCACGGUGCUGUACGACAGCCGGCUGCUGGUGAUAGGGGGCUUCGACGGCAGCGAGGUGUUUGGCGACGUCUGGAUGCUGGAGCUGGCGGUCCACGCGUACUAUUCGCAGAUCAGCCACUUCACGAUCGAAGUAUGA